AUGCUGCGCCCGCUGCUGCUCGCCGCGCUCUGCCUGGCCGGCCGGCUGGGGGCCGCCCGCGGCUGCCAGCUGCCCUCCGAGUGGAGACCCCUGAGCGAGGGCUGCCGAGCCGAGCUGGCCGAGAUCAUCGUGUACGCCAAGGUGCUGGCGCUGCACGCGGAGGUGCACGGCCUCUACAACCACCUGCCCUGGCAGUACGAGGCCGGCGACGCGGGGCUCCUCUACUCCGCGGAGAUCGAGAUGCUGUGCGACCAGGCCUGGGGCAGCAUGCUCGAGGUGCCCGCGGGCUCCAGGCUCAACCUCACCGGCCUGGGCUACUUCUCCUGUCACUCCCACACCGUGGUCCAGGAUUACUCCUAUUUCUUCUUCCUCAGGAUGGAUGAGAACUAUAACCUCUUGCCUCAUGGAGUCAAUUUCCAAGAUGCCAUCUUUCCAGACACUCAAGAGAACAGAAGGAUGUUUUCUAGCCUUUUCCAGUUUUCAAACUGUUCGCAAGGGCAGCAGCUGGCGACUUUCUCCAGUGACUGGGAGGUCCAAGAAGACACUAGGCUCAUGUGUUCCUCGGUGCAGAAGGCCCUGUUUGAGGAGGAGGACCACGUCAAGAAGCUGCAGCAGAAGGUCGCCACCCUGGAGAAGCGGAACAAGCAGCUGCGGGAGCGGGUGAAGAAGGUCAAGCGGUCCCUGCGGCAGGCGCGGAAGAACGGCCGCCACCUGGAGCUGCUGAACCGCAAGCUGAGCGAGAAGCUGGCGGCAGCGGCGGGCGCGCUCCCGCACAUCAACGCGCUGGGCCGCGAGCCCGCGGGUGCCCCCUACCUGCGGGGUUAG